ACACUGUGGAAAGUGCGAAAUUAAAAGGAAGAGUCUGAUAAAUUGACAGUAGGCACCUCAGGAUAGAGGAGCAGGAGAUGGAAUGAUCAACCUGACUUGAAGGGUGGAGCGCUGGGCCACUGAGGGGAGGCUGACGGAUAUACAGCAGGCAGCUGACGAGGAAGCGGAGAGAUGUGUUGGGAGACGUUGGAGCAGCAGCGUGUCUUCGCUGGACGACGCCCCCCGGGAUGUCCAGAUAACCAAUCACGCGUUGGCAUACUCAGCCUCACGGAUUAACCCACCAAUCGACGCGCUUCUCACACAAACGUCACCGCUUCAACUUCCUAGCGGGAAGCGGCUACCAGGAACUGUACACAGGCGGCAGGAAUCACCGGUAGAGACAGCAGCUAAUCGAAGCAAGAUGAGGCUGCCCCGUGCUGAAUAUAAAGCGAUAGCCAGGUGGACGGAACAACUAAGACCCACCCGCGAUUGUAUGAAGAUGCUGAAGGAAAGAUUUCCAAAUCACUCGCAGUCCACUCUUCUGAGCAUCUUCUCCCUGGAGUACCAGAAACGAACCAAAAGAACAAUCUCAAGACAUCAUGCACCAGAUGUUAUUGAAAGCCAUUACCAAAGGUAUCUAAGUGAAAGCAAGGCACAUCCCACUGCUCCUGUCCUGCUGGAGUUGGCCAAUGAGGUGGAUCUGUCUCCUGCACUGAUGGCUCGCAUCAUCCUGGACAGAUUCCUGCAGGACCUGGAAGGUGGAAUGCCUUCUAAAACGGUCCUCAACGGCAUGCUGAAGGAGCCAUCUUCAAUUCCAGACCAAAUUUUGGCCAAUAACAUCUACCAAUGCACAAUAAAUGACUGCUGUUAUGGACCGCUGGUAGACUGCAUCAAACACGCCAUUGGCCAAGAGCAUGAGGUGCUGCUCUGUGACAAACUCAAGGAGAGGAACCUUUCCUUUCUGGAUGAAAACCAACUGAGAGCUAUGGGCUAUGACAAAACACCUGACAUCAUCCUGGAGGUUCCCAUUGCUGUUGAAGGACACAUUGUCCACUGGAUUGAGAGCAAAGCGUCCUUUGGAGACGACUACAGUCAUCGCACCUAUCUCAAUGAGCAGUUUUGGAGCUACUGGAACAGGUUCGGUCCAGGCCUUGUGAUAUACUGGUACGGCUUCAUCGGAGAGCUGGACUGCCAGAGAGACAGAGGUAUCCUGCUCAAAGACUGCUUCCCCACGGACAUUGCCACCCUGUGCCACCUCGCCCAGCAGGACCAACUGCCACAAGAGCCAGAAUAAAGAGUGAGAAAAGUUGAGAAGUGGAGCAAAAAAAAACAAAAUAUGUAAAGAUUGGAUGAUGAAUGGAAAGGAAAGAAAGAGGAAGACAAGGAGGGGGAGAGGGCAGGAACACUGAACUAAACAGGGGUGGAUACCAAGAUCCAGAAGCAAUUUGGAAACUGCUGGCAAAAGAAAAUGUGCCCUGAACUCCACCUGACCCUCCGUCUCUGUCUGUCUCUGCCUUUCUUCCUCUCCUCCAAUGCCCCAAAGCUACCACAUGUAAAUACACACCAGCACACUGUAUAUCUGACAGCACAGGGUCAGAUUCAUACCUGUGUGUGAAACACAGUCUUGGCGGCUUUCCUGGUUGCGGUCCGCUCCUGGCCCCUGGAUGGCCCCUUCCAAUGGACAGCCAGGGGGAGAGCCAGGGCCAAAGCAGGACACAAGGCCCUUCCUUAUCACACCCAAAGCCCUGGCCUUUGUCACUCUUUCCUCCUCCGUUACAUUUACGCAGAUAAGCGAGGUGGGGUCCGUGCGGACUCCUGUCUUUCACCUGCGUCACUCAGUGCCCUCUCACUCCCGCCUCCAGGGGAGUAAACAAGAUCAUUUCUGAUAAAGCUGACCUCAAUGUGACCCUUUUCACUUUGCAUUAUGAAAUCUAUUGAGGGUUGAAGCAAGGGCUCAUACCACAAUUCAAUUUCAUCACAAAAUAAUCAACUCGUAUCUGCUUAUUAUGUGUGAAUUAUACUGAUCAACUAGUAAGUAUCUAUAAAUGAAUUAACUAAAAACUGUUUUCCCGCACAGGUCCAUCUAAUCUCAUGUGCCAGCUUUUCCCAUUGGCUUGUUUGCAUGGUGUUGAUCAAAGGAAAGGCUGUGUUAUUUUAUUGUUUUGAAUUAUACUUUGUAUAGUUUGUGCUGCCGUAAAAUCUUCAUUGUUGUCAUAAGAAAAUGACCUCCUCCCCCCCAACAAAAUCUAAAUUUCUCAGCCAAUAGUCAAAAAGAAGAAGAUUCUCAAUUUACAUUGAAUCAACUAAAAGACGUAAAUCAUUACAUAUGAGAGACUUGUUUAGUAUUUUUGCUUCAAAAAUCAAAAUGAUUAAGUGAUUAUUCAAAUCCUUGACUGUUCAUUUUGUGUUUAUCAACUGAUCAGUUGUUUAUACUGUAUGUACUGAACACGGGGGGUUAAGGCAAAAUGCUAAUUAAUGAGCUCUGUAUCACUUCCAUGAGGGUUCUGUAGUAUUGUCCCAAAAAAGUCAGUCCUAGUUGUGUUUUAUCCCACAUUUUACACUGAUGAUAAAAACAAAUAUCUUGUAGGGGGCAGUUUAUAUAGUAUGUUUAAGAUGAAUAAAUAUGUUUUGAUAAAAUGCUCAGAA